AUGCCUCUUGUCAGUGAUCCGUCGACAACAACAUACGAAAAUGGACUGAUGUUCAUUCUUCAUCAAGAUGCCUGUUUUGCUGCACUUGGCCUUGCUCCAGGAUUUGUCACAAACGAUCAAGAUCAAUGGGACAUAAUUUCUUCCAAUCAAUGGUACUCAACGGAUUCUGUCUAUGAGCCUGGAUCAGUCAUGUCCUACAGUUCUUACGCCGGAGCUGUUGGGUCAGACCCAAUUGCUCUCCUCAAAGACGGAUCAGAAAUCAUUCGGGGUGAAGAAAUUUCGACUACUGACGCUCUUCAGCUGCAGAAAAUGUACUGUAAAGACAUGACAAAUGACGAUGGAACACCAAUGUUCCCUAAUUUUCAAUACAAAGAGAGGACUUCCUGCACUUCAUCUGAUGAAGUCGGAGAAACUAGAACGGUUUUUAUUGAUCGAAUUUGUGACGGAUCUUCCAACAACAACGACGACCACGACAACUUCAACAACGACGACUACGACGACUACUACGACGACAACUCCAACGACGACUACGACGACAACUACAACUACGACUACGACAACAACUACGACUUCGACAACAACUACGACGACAACUACAACGACAACUACAACGACGACUACGACGACAACUACAACCACGACAACGACGACAACGACCACUACGACAACGAUGACAACUACAGCCACUACUACAAGUACAACGUCAACGACUAUCACGUCAGGAACUUCUACUACAACAGACGAUGCUGA